CCGGGGGCGGCGGGUCGCGCCGCCCGGGAGCCGGGUGAGUGCCCAGGGCGAGGCCGGCGGCCGCCAGAGCCACCCCCCCCCCCACCCUCCACGCGCGCCCCGGCGCCCCGAUGCCCGCCCGGAGCCCCGCCGCCGCCGGGUGCAUGCCUCCCCCGCGGCGCGCCGCUGCCGCCUGCUGCCCGCUGUGACCGCCCUUCCAGGCAGCCGGGCGCCGGGCGCCGGGCGGGCUUCCCCGAGGGCGGCGCGCGGGUGGCACCUGCGGGACCGGCGGCGGCGGCGGCGGGGCGCGGAGCCGAGGCGGAGCGGGCGCUCGCCGGAAGGAUGGACGCGGCCGCGGAGCGCAGCCUCCCGGAGCCGGGCAGCCAGGGCUCCCGGGCCGGCGACGACAUCGAGAUCGUGGUCAACGUGGGGGGCGUGCGGCAGGUGCUGUACGGAGACCUCCUCAGCCAGUACCCCGAGACCCGGCUGGCGGAGCUCAUCGGCUGCCUGGCGGGGGGUUACGACACCAUCUUCUCCCUGUGCGACGACUACGACCCCGGGAAGCGCGAGUUCUACUUCGACAGGGACCCGGACGCCUUCAAGUGUGUCAUCGAGGUGUACUAUUUCGGGGAGGUGCACAUGAAGAAGGGCAUCUGCCCCAUCUGCUUCAAGAACGAGAUGGACUUCUGGAAGGUGGACCUCAAGUUCCUGGACGACUGUUGCAAGAGCCACCUGAGCGAGAAACGCGAGGAGCUGGAGGAGAUCGCGCGCCGCGUGCAGCUCAUCCUGGACGACCUGGGCGUCGACUCGGCCGAGGGCCGCUGGGGGCGCUGCCAGAAGUGCGUCUGGAAGUUCCUGGAGAAGCCCGAGUCGUCGUGCCCGGCGCGGGUGGUGGCCGUGCUGUCCUUCCUGCUCAUCCUCGUCUCGUCGGUGGUCAUGUGCGUGGGCACCAUCCCCGAGCUGCAGGUCCUGGACGCCGACGGCAACCGCGUGGAGCACCCGACGCUGGAGAACGUGGAGACGGCGUGCAUCGGCUGGUUCACGCUGGAGUAUCUGCUGCGCCUCUUCUCGUCGCCCAACAAGCUGCACUUCGCCCUGUCCUUCAUGAACAUCGUGGACGUGCUGGCCAUCCUCCCGUUCUACGUGAGCCUCACGCUCACGCACCUGGGCGCCCGCAUGAUGGAGCUGACCAACGUGCAGCAGGCCGUGCAGGCGCUGCGCAUCAUGCGCAUCGCCCGCAUCUUCAAGCUGGCCCGCCACUCCUCGGGCCUGCAGACGCUCACCUACGCCCUCAAGCGCAGCUUCAAGGAGCUGGGGCUGCUGCUCAUGUACCUGGCCGUGGGCAUCUUUGUCUUCUCGGCCCUGGGCUACACCAUGGAGCAGAGCCACCCCGAGACCCUGUUUAAGAGCAUCCCCCAGUCCUUCUGGUGGGCCAUCAUCACCAUGACCACCGUUGGCUACGGGGACAUCUACCCCAAGACCACCCUGGGCAAGCUCAACGCGGCCAUCAGCUUCUUGUGCGGGGUCAUCGCCAUCGCCCUGCCCAUCCAUCCCAUCAUCAACAACUUCGUCAGGUACUACAACAAGCAGCGGGUCCUGGAGACAGCGGCCAAGCACGAGCUCGAGCUGAUGGAACUCAACUCCAGCGGCGCGGCUGAGGGCAAAGCGGGGUGCUCCCGCAGCGACCUGGACAGCCUCCUGCCGGAGCCCGCGGGGGAGGAGGGGCCGAGCUGGAGCAGCCGGCUGAAGAUCUCCCACAGCGACACCUUCAUCCCUCUCCUGACCGAGGAGAAGCACCACAGGACCCGGCUGCAGAGCUGCAAGUGACGGGGGUCUUCUGGGCACAGACGGACUUGGGCCAGCGGACGGAGGGGCAGGUGUGGCGGGCCUAUCAGUGACUUCCUGGGAGGGGCUGUCCUUUGUCCCCUCCACGAUCUCCUGAACAGAACUCUGGAGGCCCUCUCGGGCACCCCUGGUGAGGCUGGGUAAGACCCCUUUCUGUUGUCGGCUGUCAGGAGCCGGGGGUGGGGGGGGGGGUGGGGGAGAGCGGGGGUGUCUAGGAGUCACGGGCAGUGUGGGGUGACGGAGGGCACGGUCUGGCCGACGGCGGGAGCCCUCGCCCGGUUCUGUAUCUCCUUCAAUAAAGCCUCCUGCUCUGCGCA